AUGAGCGAGUAUCGCAACCAUCCGCCUCCCGGCGGCGGGUCGCACCACGGAAGCGACCGUGGUCCCCCUCCCCGGCACUACCAGCCGCUUCCCGACCACUACAGCGCCGAGAAUCAUCCCACCAGCCCGCACGGCUCGUACACCGCUCAUCGCGAUCAAGACUAUGGGCGCCGCUACGCCCCGCACGACUCGAUGCCUCGCUCUUACUACAAGGGUAUGGAUGCCACUCCUCCUUCCCGCAGGGAGGUCAUCGCGUCGUCGAGGGCCAGCGUGGCUAGUUAUCCUCGCAGUGAAGCGGGAUCGGCGGCUCCACCCCCUGUGCCUACCCCCAGCGAGGCCGAGGUUGCUCUCGCCACUUCGAAGAAGCAGCUCCACGCUGUGACGCCCCAUCCACCUACGCCCCAGCCUGUUGUUGCCCCUGAGCCGGCUUCCGAGGGCCGUCGCAGCUACAUGUCUGGUCCCACCUACGGUGGUGGGCCCACGGAUACCCCGCUUGCUCAGUCGGCGCCUGCCUUCACCGGGCCCCAGCACACCACAAUCGCCGGAGACCCCCAGGCGGAUCGCGAGGCUGAGCACGUUCAGCCCUCUGGUGCUCCAACCGUGUCGACGUGGGACCGCGGGCACAAGAUCGUCGUCCCUCCCCGUCUCCGCCGCCCUGGAAUGGGUUUCACGACCGAGUCCUACGAUGCCAAUAGCGUUGCCGUGACCCGCCCUCGGACGUGGGGAAGGCCCUCGGACAACGUCCCUCAAGACCACGAGCAGCCUCAGAGUGCGCCACUCCGUCGCCCCGAUCCAUCCCAGAGCGAGACUGUCGAGAGCGACUUCCCCACCUCCCCAAGCGCCCAGGUCCACCCUGCGCCUGUUCAUUCAUCUGCCGUUCCUCGUCAAACUUACAGCUCGGCGGCAGAGCCUGAGCCAAUUUAUCAGACCCGUGACGCUCAUGGGCAAGCCUCUCCUAUUCCGGCUGAGUUCUCUCACGAGAAGACUCUGUAUUCCGCUCAUGGUCAGCGCCAGCGUGUCUCGUCGGCGAACUAUCCUCAGAGCCUUCCCCCAAGCGUCCACCAGUCUCAAGGUCCUAUCCGCAGCGACCAGCAGCUCCCCGCUGGACACCCCUCCCCGUCUGUUCCUAUGGACCAGCCUGGGCCGUGGACGACUAGCAUCCCCCAGCGCGCAGAGCCCAUUCCUGCCCCAGCUGUUUGUGUUCAAAGCGGCGGGGCUCAGCCGCCGAUGGCUGGCCAUGGCGACGAUCAACGCGAUGAGCACCAGUUCCGUCGCGCCCAGGAUGAACCUGCACGUGUUCAUGACCGUACUCGCCACGCUUCGCACGAGCAGCCCCCUCCCGCGACCGAGUUCAAUGUUCCGCGCCACAGCACUCCUCGCCACGUGCUGCCGCCCAAGCCUGCUCAGGAGUGCUCACCCAAGGGGCUCGCGAGCGAGCACGGUUGGAGUCUUAAGCCAUCUGUGGAGUUGACGAGCGAUGGGGCGGCCUGGAAUAGCCCCAACAUCCAGGCAUGGGCGGGCAAUGUUAACGACACUCAGCAAGUUCCAGCAAUGGCGGUGCUCAGCACGGAGGCCGCUGAUGACAACGUCUCGCUCCCUGAGCGCCCCGACAGCACUAAGCCGAUGCCGAAGCCUGUCACUCUUUACAUUUCUCCCGACCCCAGUCCCGAGCCCCGUAUGCCUUCAUCUGCUCACGACCCCGAGUCGAGCACCCUUCCCAUGAAGGCAAGUGGCGGGCAGAACUCGCCUUCGCCGAACUCGGACGACGACGAGUUCGAUCGGCCCCGCACGCCCUCGGACAUCACCGACGCCGACGCACAUGACGAGUGGAAGGAGGGAGUCGAGCCAGAGUCAGACCCUGAGUUCUGGAAGAGGGAGACGACUCACCCCCGCGACAGUCCUCGCUUCCAGUCUCGGCGUGUCAUCGUAGUGUCGCCGUUCCCUCUUCACAAGGAGGGCUACAGUGAUCGGGCUGCCGUUGUUUUCCAGGACUCCAUUGUCCUGCUCAUGAACGAUAGAAAUAGGCACGACGGCAGCUUCCAGUCGGCUGCUACUUCAAGCGCUGUCCCCGUUCGUCUCCAAAUCUACCAGCGUCCUGCUGAGGAUGAGUUCAUUGGUCUCUGGAUCAAGGUGACUGGCGACCGACACGAUGAUCGCUCGCGCUCCGCCUCUCCCGUCUCCUCGCACCGUCAGCAGUCUGUGCCCGCUGGAUCCGACAUGCGCCCUGCGCCUCCCUCCCUCGAGGUUUGGGCACUGCCAACCCCUUCGCGUCACCGUCGCAUGUAUUGGAAGAUCGAACUCUGGGACCCGCGUCAGGGUGACUUCCCCCAUGCUGGAGACGGUGAUGGAGCAUCAAGGAAUCCUAUGCGCCUGGAUGUCAUUCCCCUCGGCCGUCGUGAACUCGAGCGUGACCUUGUCGCUUUCUAUUGCGAGGUGAUGGAAGUCAUCCCGCCUACUGAGACUUGGCAGCCCUGGAAGUUCGUUGUUUGCAGGUCGUGGAAGAUUGGGCAUCUCAUCGAGGACCUGCCAGGCUUCACGAUCGGCAAGUGGAAUUCCAACAUCAAGUGGAGGGGUGACUCCCCUUUGCCAACGUUCUCUCCCGAGCCCCGUGAUGCUCAUCAACUCCACAACGCUGCCCCCAAUCUCAAGCGCAGGAUCCUUCCCACUUAUAAGGGCCGCCCAGUCCGAGCUGACACUUGGCGUGGCAUCCCUCGCUUCGUUGACGACGCCGCCAUCUAUGUCGGCGGCAUUCCUGCUCAUGAGUCGGAGCAGAGCCUGGUGGAGCGCUUCUCAAAGUACGGCAAAGUCGUCGGCAUCGAGUACGAGAGGCGGUUCAAGUAUGCUGAGGCCCGCGUCAUGUUUGAAACUAAAAGGGCCGCCGAGAGUGCAAUGCUGUAUGAGCGUCAAGAAGUGCUUGUGGACGAGAGUGGACGUGUUGUCAACCCCUCCGACACUCAAGGCGAUGACACCCUUUCGCACGGAAAAGAGCAGCACAAUGCUGGGUCUCAGCAGCCCUCCGUCUCGUUGGGUGGAGCUGCAAAGGAAGACGACGAUUUUGUUUACGUCAAGGUUCCGCGUUUGCCCACUCAAAACUGGGUUCGUGCUAAACUGCAGGUCACCUUCGAUUACUCUGAGUCUGGUGAGAUUCAAACUCGCGUCCACUUGUGUCCUUCGGUCCCCGUCGCCUCGACGUCCAGCACUCGCGACACAACCGGCUCGAGGACCGUCUCGAGGUGUGGCACCGAUGCCACCACCACCGCGUCCAAGGUCAAGCAGGCAACGAAGAGCCCUCCCAUCAAGUCCGACGAGUUUCAACCUCGCGUCCUUUCAACCAAGAUGGAAGACGGGCAGUUGAAGCCGGUUUAUGACCCCGAGGACUUAAAGAGGUGGAAGAUCAAGAAGGGGCUUCCCCUGACCGACGACACUACUCCAGAGAGUACAACGACCCCUCCUCGUGACGAUGCUGUGUCGCUCCUUCCUGUUCGAACCGGUGGCCAUGCUCAUCCUGCGGCGGCCCCUUCGACCGACCCUGGUUAUGAAAACCCGUCCUUCACCCAGCUCGAGGCGAAGAGCAAGCCCAUGUCGACCGCCGAUCGCCGCGACAACAGCAGGCUUCCCCCUCAAGCCCAUCGCGAGGUCUUUCAAGGCGAGCAGCCCCGUGAGGAUAUCCACUACCCUGGAUACCGUCGUGAGAGUGUUGAGCAGCAGGAUCAGCAGGUGCAGGGAACUUCCUACGUCCCCGCCCCGUCACAGCGCGAUCGGCAGCCUGACUAUGGCGCCGUCCCCGACCAGCACCGUCGUUCGGAGCAUCCCACCCAUCAACCUAGCGAGCCUCCCCUGCGCAACGAGUCUCGCCACGUUCCCGUGCCCCAGCUGCCUCCUGCCGCGCCACGCGUCAUUGAAGCUCCGCCUCAAGUCCAGCGGCCCCGUCCCGUCAUUGCCCCUCGCCCUGCCCACGGCGAGCCUUGGGCGGAGCCGCGUCGCCAGUCGGACAGCUACAAUCAAGGCGGUGCUCCCCGCGAGCGCGACACUUGGGCUGAGCCUCGUCGCCGGUCUGACAAUUUCUACACUGGCGACGUUCGCCCUCGCGAGUCCUACCGUGAGGCAGGGUUCAUUCAGUCCAGUCAACACAUUCCCUACCACGCUGGACAGGGACAGCACGAGCCCGCCGGCGACCGUCACCAGCAGCGCGACCCUCGCCAGUUUGAUGCUCCCCGCGUGCGCGAGUCGGCCGGUGGCGGUCACUAUCAGCAAGCUGAGAUGCCUCGUCACAACGAGCCACCCCGUGUCCACGAGCCCGCAGUUCAACACCACCAGCUCCCUCAGCGUCCCCAGGCUGAAGUGCCCCGAUACAGCGAGCCACUCCGAGCGUACGAGCCCGCUGGUCAGCGCUCCCAGCCUCCUGAGCCUCCUCAGGCUGGAAUGCCUCGCCGCGAUAACCCGCCUCGUGCGCAAGAGCCUGCUGGUGAACGCUACCAGCAUGCUGAGCGCCCUCGCGCCUACGAGCCUCCCCGUGGAGGUCACCAGCCCACCGAGCCUACUCGCCACCGCGACCAUAUCCGCGCCUACGAGCCUGCUGAUGGACGAUACCAGCAUGCUGAGCCUCCUCGUCCCCGCGACGCUCCUCGCUCGUCCGACCAAGAUCAUCAAGCCGAGUCGCGUUCUCCGGCGGCCCCAGCGGCCGCUCGCAAUCUGCAGUCUCAACCUCCUGCAGCGUCUCAGCCGAUCGACUACGACGCGAAACCCCCUCGUCACGACCUCAACCCCGACUACGAGCGCAAGGCGCCGGGCCGCAAGGAAGCGCUGGGCUGGAGCCCUUCUCCUGCCAUCUCUGCGGGAGCCCCCGGUCCGCCUCAACCCGGUCCUCCCCAGACCGCUGCGCCAGCUCAGCCUACCAGCCCCGCCGCUCGUGAACCUCCCGUCACCCGCGACCCAUCUCAGGCCGGCGACUUCACCCCGCCUGUGCACAUUCCCGAUCGCGAGGACUCGGCCCGAACCCCCAUCGCCCGCCAGCAAGAGUCGAGCCGCAGGCGCCAGCCCGCUGCGCCCCAGGCGCGUCAGCCGGCGAGUCGUGUUAUGGACUCGCACAGCAAGGAGGAGCACGACCACGGCGAGUCGGUCUGGGACCCGCCCCCUCGCGAGCCCUCCGUGGCCCCGUCCAGCAAGUCUUCUCAGCCCUAUGGCGGCUGGUAA